AUGAGGGGCGGGGGGGCGGGCGCUCUCCGGGGCACCGGGGCGGGGUCACCCGCCCCCGCGGGCUCCGCCACCGCCCCCCGGAGGCUCCGCCGCGGCCGGGCGUUUCGGUCCGGCCUGAGCUCCCAGAGCCGACCUGAAGGCUGUCAGCAGAGGUUCGGCAUUUGCAGCACCCUGGGACGGCAGCUUCAGCCCCCGCCGCCGCCUGCAGCGGUUUUCCGGGUGUUCUACACUCUUCGUGGGCAGUGCCCGCUGCCUGCCCCCAGCUACCACCUGUCUGCUGCUGCGUGUAGCUGUAAAUCUGCUCCUCGUUUCGUACAGUUUGGGUCAAUGAUUGCUGAAACAGGAGAAUUGCAAGAACUCUUUAAAAAUGCCUUGAUGUACAAGCUGGCUGAUGGUCUGUUACACCAGCUUAAAGAGGCCACUUUUGUGAGGAACCUUAUGAAGACUCCACUCUUUGUAGUCAUUGCUUGUGCUAUCCAAAUUGUGAGUAAUUUUCAUUCAAGCACCCAAACUCUACUAUUCUCUAUAUGACUUAAUGAUGGAGAAAAAAGGUACAAAACAGAAGAAAUCACAGAAAAACAUAUGCUGAGCAUAAAUCAUUGUGGAGACUUAUCUUUAGAUGGAAUAUUUGAUCAAAUAUUUGAUUUUCAGUCUGAGGGUUUAGCUGACAUAAAAGAAGUCUUGCUAACUUCAGGUCUUCUGAAUAAAUGCACAGCUCAAAGACUGUAACCAACACAGAGAUUCUUUCAUAAAUCAUUUCAGGAAUACACUGCAGGCAGAAAACUUUACCAACUACUGACAACCCACUAAGAAGCAGAGUUGAAGAAAGGGUAUAGUUAUCUACAGAAGGUUAAUAUUAUUUCAGAUAUUCCUAAUUCUUAUUUCAAUUUGCUCUUUUGCACUUGUGGAGCCUCUCUAGAUGCCACUAGAAUUAUGCUGCUCUUACUGAAACUAACUGAUCAGCACAGAAAUAUUUCUCAACUGUUAUCAUUAAAGAAUCUGGCUUUGGAAAGUGAAUACAGAAAAAAAUCAGAAAACAUCACAGAAAAAGAAGGCUUAAAUAAAACUGAUGACAUUUUUGUGGACUGUGUCAUUAAUUUAUUUUAUGAAAGUUCUUCAAAAUCAGCGUUGAGCAGAGAUUUUAAAGUGGUGUUUUUUUGUGAUAAAAGUAUUUACAUUCGCACUCAAAAUAUCCAUUUCAUUAUGUUACUUUUUAGACACUUACUAAAUUGUGUUAUUGUAUUAGGACUAAUUAAGUUAGAUCUUUUUGGAAAUUAUUCACUAAGUAAGUAAACAGAUGAUGGGAAUGUGGAAGAUCUUCAAAGUAAUUAACUUUUAAUUUACAUUCCUGAAAAGGCUGUCUCCUUAUUCUCCAACUGGAACCAGAAUCUCUGAUCUUCAGAAAUUACACUGCAAGAUUUCAACAAGUUAAAGAAACAUUGUAUUACAUAUCUGAGCAAAGUAUGUUGCUCUGCUGCAAGUCUCAAGCUGUACAUCACUAAUUGUGUUGGUACCACAGGAACACUGAAUGUCAAGUCCUUGAAACCUGUGAAACCUUAAAAGGUUUUUAAUGUGGAAUCCACACCUCUUGGUGUGAGAGACGAGCAACAGAUCACAACAAGGACAAACCUGAAAAGUGGACUAAUUGACGGAAUAAAGAAACUUGUGAAUACUGAAGGAUUUGUACUUGAAAACACAAGUAAUUUUUUUGAGAAAGAACACCUGGAGAGCCUUUGGCACUUGAACUUGGCAAUAAAAUGUGUGACAAGUGAUGGCUGGCUUUCCUUCUUGCAGUCGCUGAUCUCUCUCAAGAAGCUGGUAUCUGUACAUUUCAGCAGCAAACAAGACUGGGUGCCUGCCUCUCUUCUAGUCUGCAAAUUAAGUCAGGUACUAACCACAUUAAAUGAUUUAAAGGACAUUAAAGUGAUUGGAUGGAAGUUUGAUUGUCAUGAUCUUGGACUUACUAACGAUGCAAAGAGUGUCAAGUUUCCAGAGAGAGAGUGCCUGGCAAUGGCAACUUUUUGCUCCCACUUCAUGCUGAUGCAAGUAAAUACAUACAGUGCCUAG